GUUAUUAUUAUUUCUUUGAUCUGUAGUUUCUUUAUUUUUAUUUUUUGCCAGAGGACUCACCGUUCAACUCUGGUUUAUGGUGGUGUGAGGGGUUGAACCUGGGACUUCAGAGCCUCAGGGGGGGAGCAGGGGCUCAAAACCUGGGCCUUUGUGCAUGGCAAUGUGUACGCUCAGGCAGAUGCACCACCACCUGGCUCCCAUUAGUCCCAUUUUAUAGAAGAAAAAAAAACAGCAAAUUGAGAUUAAGGUAUUGACCCAAGAUUGCCUAACUAGCAAGUGCCAGGUGCAGGGUCUGAAUCCAGAAGGCAAUGCUCUGAACCACUAUACCUACCAUAUAAUGUAUGUGGUACAGGUAUCGGGUGGGCAUGGAACAAGUCUUGGACUUGUCAAGAGCUCUUAGUUCCUCCCUUCUUUCACGUGCUUCCAUUACCCACCUGUUCUGGGUCAUUUCUGCUGCGCUGCCCUGUCCUGCCCUGCCCUGCCCUACCCAGCUGGCCUCACCCUCCCUCUACCAACAAACUCUCUGAUAAAACCCUGGUGGGUUGAAGAUCAUAUCACUUCCUCUUCACAGCAGUGUUUAGAAGGAGGGGUUCUGACUUGAAUACAACCCCCCCCCCAUCCUGCCCCCUAAGGGCCCAGUCCAGAUGAUCUGGCUUCUGGCUUGUUACCAGGGAGACUGGUGGGUGGGGGCACCCCAAGGAAGUUGAGAGCCUGGGAUACUUAGAAGAGGGACUUUGAACUGUGACUUGUCAGCCACUCCCUUAUCCUCAGGCAUAAGAGCCACCCAGCACCUGCCACCAUUCUGCACAGUUACUCUCUCUCCUGUGGACCGGCGCCAGCUUAGACUCUCAACAUGGCUUACGUCCCUGCACCUGGCUACCAGCCCACCUACAACCCGACGCUGCCCUUCAACCAGCCCAUCCCAGGGGGUCUCAGUGUUGGGAUGUCCAUUUAUAUCCAAGGAGUGGCUGCCCCUCACAUGAAGAGGUUCGCUGUGAACUUAGCGGUGGGCCCAGACAAGGGGUCGGACAUUGCCUUCCACUUCAAUCCCCGCUUUGAUGGCUGGGACAAGGUGGUCUUCAACUCCAAGCAAGGCGGCCAGUGGGCCAAGGAGGAGAGGAAGAAAAGCAUGCCCUUCUCCAAGGGCACCCACUUCGAGCUGGUGAUCAUGGUCAUGGCUGAGCACUAUAAGGUGGUGGUCAAUGGAAGCCCCUUCUAUGAAUUUGGCCACCGGAUUCCCCUCCAGCUGGUCACCCAUGUGCAAGUGGACGGGGACCUGGAGCUUCAAUCAAUCAACUUCAUUGGUGGACAGCCAGCCCCAAACUACAACCAGGUACCUAUGGCUAUCCCAGCUUACCCAGGUCCUGGACCCACUCAGCAACCACCUAGUAACCUGCCUACCAUGGAGGGACCCCCAAUCUUCAACCCGCCUGUGCCUUUUAUGGGGAGACUUCAAGGGGGGCUCACAGCCCGAAGAACCAUCCUUAUCAAGGGCUUUGUUCCUCCCUCAGGCAAGAGGUUUGCUAUCAAUUUGAAGGUAGGGAACGGGGGUGACAUAGCUCUGCACAUUAACCCCCGCCUGAAGGAUGGUGUGGUGGUGAGAAAUAGCCAACUGAACGGCACUUGGGGACCUGAGGAGCGGAGUCUGCCCCACAAUCCAUUUGACACCGGAAAGUUCUUUGAGCUGUCCAUCCGUGCCGGCUUGGAUAGAUUCAAGGUUUACUGUGAUGGCAAACACCUCUUCGACUAUGCCCACCGCCUGACAGCCUUCAGCACUGUGAACACGCUGGAGAUCACUGGGGACAUCACUUUGUCCUAUGUCCAGAUCUAACAGAUGCCAGGAGCCUGGCCCUCAGGGACAUGGAAAGGUCUUGGGGGACUAACUCCUAGACCUUCCCCCCCCCCGAAAAGUGUUUGAAGGAAGCAGCCCAGGAGGUGACACGGUAGAUGAAAAGUUGAACCCUCAAGUGCCAGGUUCUGAAUUCAAUCCUGGAUAAUGCAUGGUUUGCUCGUCCUCAUUCUCAUAUAUCUGUGAAUAAAUCUUUAAAAGAGAUA